UAAAAAAAAUAAAAAAUUCCUGUGGAAGAUCACAAAGGUUAUUGGGAGAAGUUUUGCUCGUCACGUUGCACGACUUGUUCAGGUAAAGCAUUCACGUUCAUUGAAAUGCCAAGUGGUCAUAGACAACCAUGUUUCUUAAUUUCUACGUGCAUUUGGUACUUUUAUUCUUAAAAAUUGGACUCUCUUCCCCUAUAUUAGGAAAUGCCUUUUAGCCUCUCCCAUCCCACAAACAAUAAUCCUUAAUCAUUUCCUUCUCCUUUUUUCAGUAGCAAUGGCUUCCACUCGUUUCUUCUUUUCGUCCUCUAUUCUCCUUUUCUCUCUGCUAGUCAUUGCUUCUGCUGCCGAUUAUGUCCCUGAGCCACACAAUGUUUAUCCCUCAACACCCACAUCACAAAAUGUCAAACCUCAAAAUGAGUAUAUCCCUCAACCAGAGUCUGAACUUAUUAAGCCUAAUGAUGGGUAUGAUCCAAAACCCAAAUAUGAUGCCACCAAAUCUGAAUAUGAGUAUACCUUUAAGGUAGAAUAUGUCAGUGAUGUUAAUGAGCAUGAUCCAAAACCCAAACCACAAACCAGCAUCAAGCCUAAUGGUAACUACAGCCCAAAACCUAAAACUGACACGAAGGAAAGCGAAGAUGGGUAUAGCCCAGAACCCAACUCUGAUAAGUCCGGUUAUGGGUAUAGCUUGAAACCGGAAAAUCCACUCCAAAUUGGUGUUGAAGGGCUUGUUCUAUGCAAAUCAGGCUCCAACUAUGUCCCUAUUGAAGGAGCCGUGGCUAGGAUAACAUGUUCAGCUUUGGACCAGAAUGAGUACGAGACAACAACUUUCUCCUGCCUGACCAGUGCAACUGAUGCAAAGGGAUACUUCUUCAAGACACUAUCCCUUUCAGGGCUUUAUGACAAUUUAAUGCUCAAAGAUUGCAAAGUUAAGCUCGAAAAAUCUCCAUUAGAAACCUGCAAUAUCCCUACCGAUGUCAACAAGGGCCUUACUGGUGCUCUGUUUUCUUCUUACCGUAUCCUCCAUGACAAGAAGAUCAAGUUAUACUCUGUUGGACCCUUCUUCUACACCUCGGAGCCUAAACCAACUCCUGCUGGCUACUAAAAUUUUUUUUGCAUGGCUAGACAUAUGCCGUUUAUCGUUCCAAAACAUUUGGAACGGAAAUUGAUUUGAUUCUUAUUUGUUUGUUGUUUAUUGUUCUCAUUAUUUGGUUUUUCCAUUUGCAUUAAGAAAUUGCAGCACAUUUGUUUCUUGU